UUAAAGUCACUGGGUGGUGAUUGUGAACGUGCCGUGGGCGAUGCCAUUGAUGCUGGAUAUCGUCACAUAGAUACCGCAUACUUCUAUGAAAAUGAGCAUGAAGUGGGUAAAGCUGUGCGUGAUAAAAUAGCUGAGGGUGUUAUAAAACGCGAGGAUGUUUUCAUCGUUUCUAAGUUGUGGUGUCACUUUCAUGAGCCCGAACGUGUUGAAUACGCCUGCCGUAAAACUUUAGCCAACUUUGGCCUCGACUACAUUGACUGCUAUUUAAUGCACUGGCCAUACUCUUACAUCCAUCGAGGCGAUGAUGUUAUGAUGCCCACCAAUGCCAAAGGAGAAGUGGAAUUAAGUGAUGUUGAUUAUUUGGACACCUGGAAGGCCAUGGAAGCUUUAGUGGAAAAGGGUUUAGUUAAAAGUAUUGGUGUUUCCAAUUUUAAUUCCGAACAAUUGGCUCGUCUUUUGGCCAAUUGCAAAAUUAAACCCAUACACAAUCAAAUUGAAUGUCAUCCGGCUUUGAAUCAGAAGCCAAUGAUUGCUUUGUGCAAAAAACAUGAUAUUGUAGUGACCGCCUAUUGUCCCUUGGGCAGACCAGAACCGGCCAAGAAAACUCCCGUCUAUUUGUUUGAUGAUAAAGUAAAGGCCAUUGGUGCUAAAUAUAAGAAAUCUGCUGCCCAAGUGGUUUUGAGAUAUUUGAUUGAACUCGGUGCUGUUCCCAUUCCUAAAUCUGUUAAUAAGAAUCGUUUAAUUGAAAAUUUCAAUGUUUUCGAUUUCAAAUUGUCUCCUGAAGAUCACAAAAUCAUGGAUUCUUACAAUACUGGCGAACGUUUGAUACCUAUGGAUCAUGCCAAGAAAAGCAUUCAUUAUCCAUUUAAUAUUGAAUAUUAAGUGGCGAAGUUAUGGAAUUAACCUUGUUAUAACCUUGUUAUUUGUAUAAUCAGAUAUUUUAUAUUAGAAAUUGUUUAUCAAUUGCAUAUAACUUUCUAUGCAGCUUUAAAUGUGCUUUAAAAUAUAAUAUUAAAAGACGUUAUUUUAAUAAUAGAGCAACGAA